AUGGCGGCGCCCAAGGAGUCGUUACCCAGCAGCGACUCCACAGCCGUGAGGCUGCCUCUGUUGCCGCCGCUCAAGGUGCUGGCGGAGCAGCUGCGGCGCGACGCGGAGGGCGGCCCGGGCUCGUGGCGCUUGUCGCGGGCGGCGGCGGGCCGCGAGCCGCUGGAGCUGACUGCCGUGUGGAUGCAGGGCACUGUGGUGGAGGUCGGCGGCGGCGAGGCGCGGCUGCGGGACCCGAGCGGGUUUUUCUCGGUUCGCGGCCUGGAGCGGGUGCCCCGCGGGCGGCCCUGCCUCGUCCCAGGAAAGUAUGUGAUGGUGAUGGGAGUGGUUCAGGCCUGCAGCCCUGAGCCCUGCCUGCAGGCUGUGAAGAUGACAGAUCUUUCAGAUAAUCCCCUCCACGAAAACUUGUGGGAGCUGGAAGUGGAAGAUUUACACAAGCUUAUUCCUUAG